AUGGCUCAGAAAGCAGCCAAAACCCUGGCCACGCGCAAUUCGGCGCGGCUCCUUCAAACCCACCUCAUCUCCGCCGUGCUGCACACGCUCUUCCUGCUCGCGCUAUGGUUCUUCAACCGCUAUUCCCUGAAACCAUACCUGAUCCUGGGCCUUCUCCCCAAUCUGGCUCUUGAAGUUGUCCUGGACUACAUUGGCCGACCCCGAUACCAUGCAGAUGGUUCUCUGCGCACCGCUGGUGCAGACCUCGGUGCCUCUGGACUGACGGAGUACAUGUGGGAUGUGGUCUACUGGACAUGGAUCUGCAUGUGCACGGUUCUGAUUCUUGGGAAUCGGGGCUGGUGGUUUGCCAUGGUGAUUCCGCUGUACUCGGUGUAUGCGCUGUAUACCACUUUCAUGGGCGUGAAGCAGGGGUUUGCGGGGAUGGCUGGUGGUGGUGGUGAGGGGCAAGAGGGUUCUGUGGAGGCGAAGAGCAAGCGAGAGUUGAAGAAGGAGAAGAGAGGGCCUCGGUAUAAGACGCGGUAG